CCGGGCUCAACUGAUUGAACAACCUUUUAAGUUUUUGAGAACCAAACAUUUGCACGGUUGGACUCGUGGUUGGAAAGGCUGUUUUUUCCACAAUUUAACUUUUCAAAGACCCUCAUUUCUCAUCCUUUAAGCAUGGCUUCUCGGGGCCCGUCGCCGCUUUCACAACCUGGUAGCCAGAGUCAGUCCGGAACACCGGGAACCCAGUUAGGAGCCUCACCAGCAGCGGGCAGUACUACAGUGGCCAGUCAGCCUCAGCCCGCUCAACCAUCUCAGCCGGCCCAACAACAGUCACAGUUAGAUUUGGAUCCGAUUUCCCGAGUGAAAGCGCUGAUUCCUCACUUGAAAGAGUCACUGUCGAAUUUGAUGAAAAUUGCAGCUUUGGGUUUCCAUCACUCAGCCUUGAUUGACAAUGCAUCACAGAAAGCAAGUGAUAACAUCCCUCAACGAUUUGACAAAAGUUUAGAGGAGUUCUACUCCAUCUGUGAUCAAGUGGAGCUUCAUUUGCGAUUAGCCCUAGACUGCUCCAACCAGUAUGUGGACAGCAUUCGCCACACCCCUCUCCCGGUGUCCACUGCCAAAUCGGAGCCGACAAACAGCGGGGAGAGCCAGACCUACAGCCAGUACGUCUCCACGGUCAAAUCACAGGUCGCCUACGCCAAGGAGAUCCAUGACGCCCUUCUGGAGUGCUCCAAUAAGCUAGGGGAAGGCAAGACAUAAGACUCUCGCGCCAAGAGAUUCCUUUGUCAACCUGACUUUUCUGGAUGAAAGAAUGUCAGUUGCCAGGAGUUGGGAUUGUGGUCAAAUCAGACUGGUGUCUGUACAGUGGCUCAGUUCCUUCCUUCAUAAUGGUUCGACCAAGCCCAGGAACACAACUCAGCUCCAGCCUGGAAAAAUGCUAUACUGUAUGAAAACUAUACGUCUUGGGAGUUAGUUUUACAGAUGGCGCAUAUUCCAUUGUGGCUUGUCAUCUUAGGUCCACUUUUUAGAUGGUAAACUACUGUUAAUGGCCAGCUGACUUUCAAGAGAACAGUCUAGACAUUGAGUAAAGGUCUUGAGGAUUUCUUUAAAUGUAAAUGUAUUUGUAUUCUUGCCACAACAAUCCCCACUCUGAAGUGAAGGUCAGUUAACAAGUCACAUAAUAGAUGUACAUAAAUGACCAUUGACAAAUCCACUGUCUGUUGUGGUUCAUCCUCGAUGUUCUAGAUGUGCACCUUCAAGACCUUUCAAAUUUUGCCUGAGCACUUUUGUCCGUAUUGUUAGCACACACACAAGCAGUCUUCUGUUGGUUAUUGUAAGCCCUUCAAACCUUGUCACAGUUCUUUCUUUCGUGUGGUAACCGAGGACCAGCAGUUAGACAUUCUCUGUCACAGCUUACUGUUCUUGUGUGCUCUCCGUUUUGUCAGGACACUGCAUUACAGUUUUUACUGUGCUAAACCCUCUACACCAGAAAAUCUCUAGGGUUUAGCACAUUACUGUAAAUUUUGAGUUGACAGUCGGAGGGUGUACAUUUUACUCAUUGGAACCUGAACAGGAUGUAUGCAUGUCAUUUCUUUUUAAGGUGUUUUCUUUUUCAUUAAAAGAGUUAGCCCCAAACAUAGA